AUGAGAUUCUGUGCAAGUGGUAUGUUCCUGUACACAGUUGGCGAUGCAGAGAAUCUCAGCAAAGCCACUGUGUGCAGGACAAUCCGCAAAGUAUUCAUCAAGUUCCCAGGACACAAGGAACUAAAAUAUAAAAAGGAGGACUUCUACGAAUUUGGCGGAUUCCCAAAUGUAAUUGGUGCUCUUGCCUGUUGCCACAUGAAAAUCAAAAAGCCCUCAGGUGACCAUGAGGGGGACUUUGUGAAUCGGAAGUGGUACCACAGCAUCAAUGUUCAAAUGAUCUAUGAUGCUGAUUUGAUACUCACUAAAGUUGUGGCACUGUGGCCAGGUUCGGCACAUGACGCCAGGAUAUUUAGAUCCUGCUCGCUGGCCCAGAGGCUCGAACUAGGUGAAUUCCCUGGCCUGCUCCUUGGGGACAAGGGGUAUCCAUGUGAACCCUAUCUCCUGACCCCGUUCCCAGAGCCCUAGACCCCUGUUGAAAAGCACUACAACUAUGCCCAUGCCCGCACCAGGGCAAGAAUCGAAAUGGCGUUUGGGGUCCUGAAGGCCCGAUUUCAGUGCCUACACCACCUCAGGGUCAAACCGGACAGAGCAUGCGACAGUGAUGCAUAACAUCACAUGCAUCAGGAAGGAAAGGGCUCCCACAGUGGAAGUGAUGCAGGAGUGGGAUGACAUCCCACACCGAUACCCAGACAACCCUCAGGGGA